UUAUUGCUUUCUAAUAAGAUUAAUGCUGGUCUUGUAGAAACACAGUGCACAGUGACUAGGCUACUCUAAGCAUUUAUCUUUCUAAAUGUGUCUCGAAAAGUAAGAAAGACAAGCUCAGGUGCUCAUUAACAGGUAUUAUUACUUUGAUCCUGAACAAAUCACGUCGACUGUUCUAGACCUGUGACUGUGCUGGAGACUGUAGUCACGUGACCCCGGAGCCAUGAAUAAAUAAGUGGCCCUGUCCACAGCCCCGUACGAUAUAGUGUAUGGACUAGCCGGAUUAUUUAGGCACACUAUGUAGUACGGUAGUAAGUAUGCGUAGCCAGUGUGCUAUUGGCUCUGUGUUGACUGGAGGCGCUCAUCGUACGACUCCGUGUCCUCGUGACGUCAUUUCCCCGGCAAGAAGAGGAGGCGUUGCCCCGCGGUUUCAGAGCGUCACUACUGUAAAUGCCGAAAACCAGCACCGGCUAUCCUUCCAAGAGGACCUUAACACAGCCAUUAGAAAUAUCUGGCCGUUUUGUCGUCGGGAUAGAACGAAUAGAAAUUUCUAGCCGAUAAGACGAUGAUGAAAAACGGACACCAUCAGGUGAUCAAAGCGGGCGAGGAGGCGGAGGAGAACCCGGUGGCGGUCGCCUGCAGCCCCGAGAAGAGGAGACGGAUGGUGCGAGUGUGGUGUGACGGAUGCUAUGACAUGGUCCAUUAUGGACACUCAAACCAGCUGCGACAAGCAAAGGCUAUGGGGGAUUAUCUCAUGGUGGGAGUGCAUACUGAUGAAGAGAUAUCGAAGCACAAGGGCCCACCUGUCUUCACACAGGCUGAGAGGUACAAGAUGGUGUGUGCCAUCAAAUGGGUGGAUGACAUAGUGGAGAGUGCCCCCUAUGUUACCACUCUGGAGACUCUGGACAAGUACAACUGUGACUUCUGUGUACAUGGAGAUGACAUCACUCUGACAGUGGAUGGAAAAGACACAUAUGAAGAGGUGAAAAAGUCGGGCAGAUACAGAGAGUGUAAGAGGACUCAGGGUGUGUCCACCACAGAUCUGGUUGGGCGCAUGCUCCUGAUGACUAAAGCUCACCACAGCAACAUAGGAAGUUCAGAUUAUCAGCAACACACAGACAACUUUGGAAGGGGUCCAAAGGGUCACAGCCCCUGGACAGGGGUGUCUCAGUUUCUGCAGACAUCCCAAAAAAUCAUCCAGUUCGCCUCGGGGAAGGAGCCACAGCUGGGGGACACCAUUAUAUAUGUAGCUGGAGCCUUUGACCUUUUCCAUAUUGGCCAUGUGGAUUUUUUGGAGGCAGUACACAAGCUUUCAGACAAGCCAUAUGUUAUUGUCGGGUUACAUUUUGAUCAGGAGGUUAAUCGCUACAAAGGAAAGAAUUAUCCCAUCAUGAACAUCCAUGAGCGAACACUGAGUGUUCUGGCCUGUCGGUAUGUCUCAGAGGUGGUAAUUGGAGCUCCAUACACAGUUUCAAAGGAUUUGCUGGACCAUUUUAAGGUGGAUCUUGUUUGUCAUGGAAAGACUGAAGUGUUUCCAGACAGAGAUGGCUCAGACCCUUAUGCUGUACCUAGGAGAAAAGGUAUUCUACGGAUUGUGGAUAGUGGAAACACCCUCACCACCGAUGACAUUGUGCAGAGGAUAAUAAAAAACAGGCUGCUGUUUGAGGCCAGGAACCAGAAGAAGGAGGCGACAGAGAUGGCAGUGAUCCAGGCCAUGAAGCAGAGGGAGGAGGAAAAGGCUAAAGAGAGAUCUGAGGCUCUGCUGUAGAAAAGCUCAGUUUCAAGUGCGAACACUGGCUCAAAAACCCCCCAAAUCCACAGUUCAACCUCCAACGUGUCCUUAUGCACUCUCCAUUACUCUGGAGUAGUUCCUGUACUGUGUGUGUGUGUGUGUGUGUGUGUACCACCAGCAGCUGUGACAAACUAACUGUUAGCAUUACCAAAACCUUUGUAAACUGCUUGUUUUGUUAGGAGUGUUUCAGGAAAUGUGUGUGGCUGAAAAACCCCUCCUCUGUAACAGGUGUGUGUAAAGAAAAUACUUACAUGGAUCUCUUAGUGCUACUGGUAACCCCCUGCUAGUUAACAGGACAGAUAGGGGUUCCUCAAUGUUAAAACUGUACAAAAUGAUCUGAAAAUACAUUGUAUGAACACUAAACGAAGUCCUGUUAGAAGGGAUUCUUACUGUUUUAAGGUUUAUGACAUUUUUUUAAAAAGGUGGCAUUCCUGCAUGAACAAUACAUGAAUUCUAGCAUUUUGGACAGUAUGGGUCCAGCUGGAUUCAUGGUAAUGAGACCGUCUUUUUAAUUGUUUGUGUAUCUAUUCAGUUCUAGGAGAGAAGUGUGUGUGUGUGUGUGUGUGUGUGUGUGUGUGUGUGUGUGUGUGUGUGCGCGUGUGUACACGUGGACUUUUGUGACCCUUGCCAGUACUCAAGAUUUAGUGUUACAUCUUAUUAUCUAGAUCUGUUGUCACACCACUUACAACACAUCUGUAAUCAUACUGUAAAUAUGUAUUUUAUGUAACAUGUACCUAAUAUCUCUUUAUCUGUCUCAGAUUUAAAUAAGCUAAUCUGGCAGAAGUUUUUUCUGCAUGAAUCACUGUAACAAAUCUAAGAUUAUACAAAUACAGAAUUAAUGAUUGUUUAAUGCCAUCUCUAUUAAUAGCACAGACAUAAAUCAGAAGACAGAAGAUUGUGUCUCAGGACCUCUUUGUUGUCCAUCUUUACCCUGUUAUUCUUAUUUAAAUGCUUUACUUUUGCUUUUCCACACUUUGUCAGAAUAGAUGUAAUCUAAGACAUAAGAAUGCACAAAGAACUGUCCCAGGGUUUUCUUUUUGAAAACAUUUACAAUGAAUAAUUUACUUAGAAGUGUGUGACUGCUGUGGAUGAUUUAGCCUAUAAUAUUCUGCUAACUUGGGGCGUUUCCAAAACUAAUUUCAGGUGUCUCUAUGGAUACCCAAACCUUGCCCCCUGAAAUAAAUGAUUACUAUAUGUGUUUCUGUUUCUUAAUCUUACAACAUGAACUAGUAACUUAGUAGUGCCCUUUUUGCAUUGGUUUGACUGAAAGCAUAAUGCACAAUGCAGUUUGAAGACUGCAUGUCUGUUGAAGCUUUUCAGACUAUUAAAAAUAACAAUAGUUGGUAUAACACUAAAUGAUUUGCAUUUAAUUUUGCCCUAUUUAAAAAUUUGGGAACUGGAAUUAGUACACAUGUUCUUAAUAAUCUUAGUAAAGGCUGCUCGGUUCAGUCACUAGAGGCCACUGUGCAUCUUAAAAUUAAUUAUAACUCUGCUAUAAUGCUGCUGCAGAAAAAAAAAAAAAAAAAAGAAGAUAUUUAGAAGAAAAUCUUGUAAAUGGAGUAUAUAACUGCUAUAAAUAAUUUCGCUGUAGUAAUCUGGCAGCUUCAGUACAAUCAUUUGCAUUCUUGUACUGAAUAUAAGAGCUAUUGUCAUGUGUACAUUAUUACUGUAGGACAUGUAAAUAUCAAAUUAUAAUCAUUAGUCUAGUUCCAUGUAUGUCAGGAAUGUCAGGUUUGUUCUCUAAAUAUGCUACCUCUGAAUACAGUUUUUCAAAAACUAUAUGCUGAUGACACAGCUACAGUGGAUUCCAAAAGUCUGAGACCACAUUGAAAUGUAAUAUUCAUUAUUCGGUCCCAAUUUACAGUAAAUUUAAGCAAAUUUGUGAUAUUGACCAUGUUAACUGCCUUGUACAAAAGGUCAGAUUUUCUUCAUGCCUUAUCUCUUCCAUUGAAG